AAUAGAUAAAACAAGGUUAAAGUCAUAAACGAACUUUGAUAUGUUUUUUUGGACAAAAAUAAUUUGUUAGCCGUUUAUAAAAUUAACCCUACAAAAUAAAGUACUUUACCUACUAUGUUAUUUCCCUCCAUUUUGCAAAAAAAAAAAAUUACAUUUGUGAAGAUCAUGUUCUUGACAUGAUGAAGUUUAAGUGUAGUUGGUCAGAUUGGUGCGCCAAGGGUGUGUUACAACUACAAAUUUGCAAAUCUUUUUGCAGCUAAAAAUUGUUGACAUGCUGUUCAACAGCGAAAUCGAAGAGACUAUAUAGGAUUGAUCUUGUUAUGUUUUUAGUUGAAAGAAUUUAGGUGUACAAACCCCAUUAAUUAAAGAAGAAACUCGGUUGCAUAAUCCUAUCAUGGAUUCCGGGAGCCAAGAUGAAAUCGAGGAUUUGUCAUCUUUAUCUCCUCCUCCAGUGGGUCCCAUGCACAUAACAGGCAACAAUGGGUUUGUUCAUAACUUGGAUUUAAUGGCUGCUCAGACUUACCUUAGAAACAGAUCAAGCUCUCAGAUCGAUAUCCAAGAUGACGCCUUCCCUAUCAAAGAUCGUCCACUUCCCAUUUUCCUAAAGUUUGAAGAUAUAGAGUUUAAGGUGAAAGUGAGCAAGGCGACACCGGGGAAUCCAGUGAAGGCGGUGAUGUCGAAGGUGGUUUUGCAGGGGAAGAGUGAAGAAGACAACAAUUAUAAGCAGAUAUUGAAAGGCAUAACCGGAAGCCUUGGCCCCGGUGAAAUCCUUGCUUUGAUGGGUCCUUCCGGUAGUGGAAAAACAACGCUGUUGAAGGUGAUAGGCGGGAGAUUAGGUGAAAACGUCAAGGGAACUGUCACUUAUAAUGAUGUUCCCUACAGCCCAGCUCUUAAAAGAAGGAUUGGAUUUGUGACACAAGAUGACGUGCUCUACCCGCAAUUAACAGUGGAGGAAACUUUGAUUUUCGCUGCAUUUUUAAGACUUUCGGGCAGCAUGAGCCAAAGGCAGAAAUACGAAAGAGUGGAGGUGAUUCUUAAGGAAUUAGGACUUGAAAGAUGUCGUAAGACACGAGUAGGAGGAGGAUUUAUUAGUGGCAUUUCGGGGGGUGAAAGGAAACGUACGAGCAUAGGAUACGAGAUCCUCGUUGAUCCUUCACUUUUGUUGCUUGAUGAACCAACUUCAGGCCUUGAUUCAACAUCAGCAAAUAAACUUAUACAGAUUCUCAGAGAAAAUGCCAAGGCAGGGAGGACAAUCAUCACAACAAUCCACCAACCAUCAAGUAAAAUGUUUCACAUGUUUGACAAAAUCUUAUUGAUAUCAGAAGGCCAUCCUAUGUACUAUGGAAAGGCAAGAGAAUCAAUGAGCUAUUUUUCAUCUCUAAGGUUCAUCCCCGAUAUACCCAUGAACCCCGCGGAGUUUUUGCUAGAUCUAGCAACCGGUCAAGUAAAUGACAUUACUGCCCCUGACGAUAUCGUGACUCCUAAAGGCACUAGUGAAUACGAGAAGGCCGUCAUCAAAUAUGUUCAAAACAGGUAUAAAAGUGAACUGGAGACGAAAGAGAAAGAAGCAAAUCAUAGAACAGGGAAGGCACCAGAACAUCUUAGAUUAGCGAUUCAAGUGAAGAAAGAUUGGACGAUAAGUUGGUGGGAUCAGUUUUUGAUAUUGUUCAAGAGAACAUACAGAGAAAGGUGGAGAGAUUACUUUGAUAUGCUAAGAAUAGUUCAAUCUCUUGGAGUUGCAGUCUUGUUAGGGCUUCUAUGGUGGAAAUCUAGCUUUGCCACCGAGGCUCACCUUAGAGAUCAGAUUGGGUUGUUGUUCUAUGUGUGCAUUUUCUGGACAUCUUCAUCGAUAUUUGGAGCGGUGUAUGUGUUCCCAUUUGAGAAGUUCUUUCUGGUGAAAGAAAGAAAGGCUGAUAUGUAUAGGCUGAGCGCCUACUAUGCGUGCAGCACUUUGUGUGACAUGAUCGCUCACGUUACUUACCCAACUGUUUUCAUGUCCAUUCUUUAUUUCAUGGUUGGAUUCAAGAAAACCCUGCAAUGCUUCUUCAUGACAUUGGCAGCCGUCUUAUUAAUAGCCAUAACAAGCCAAGGUGCAGGAGAAAUGUUUGGAGCUGCAGUGAUGAGCAUUAGAAGGGCAGGAAUGGUUGCUUCUUUAAUACUCAUGUUGUUUCUUCUAACAGGCGGUUACUAUGUUCAGCAUAUACCAAAAUUUAUGCAAUGGAUGAAGUACAUAUCAUUCAUGUACCACGGAUUCAGGCUGCUAAUGAAAGUACAGUACUCGGGUGAUGAUUUAUACGAGUGUGAAAGCAUCGGGGGAUGCAAGUCACUGCAAACUUCACCCUCUUUUGACACAGUCAACUUAAAAGGAGGCUGGAAAGAAGUUUGGAUACUGCUAGGAAUGGGUCUCGUGUAUCGUGUCAUGGCUUAUAUUUGUCUUCGUCAAAAGAUUAGCCUAAUUAAUCUUUGAUUAAUACCUCAAAUAAGAUUUCAUUAAGCAUCCAUUACCAUUUUGUUGUAUGACUAAUCACACAAGUUACAUAUACAUCUACUUUCACAAGUGAGAACCCAUGUCCUUUUAUGGGCCUUAUAAAAUGGAUACAUAUAUCUAGUACCUCCCCUCAAGUUUUGGGAUACUUCACUUCAUUCGGUUCCUAAAUUUGUAUUUUAAAUUAAACAUAGAAAAUAAAUCUCAAACAUAUGUAUUAGGUUGUAUACAAUAUUACAAUGCACAUAUUUAAAACUUAAUACUAUUAGUUUUAGAUUUUAAAGUUAAAACUCAAUUGAAAAGCAUAAAGAUUAGUUAUUAUAGUUCACUGUAACUUUGACGAUAUAUACGGUAAUUGUUUCUUUUUUACUUAAUGGGUUAUCGUGUUACCCACUUAAUCGGACAACUAUACAUGUUUGUUUAUUUUUUACUUGAUCCGGAUAAAAUGGCUUAAUGGAUUGAGCUAAAAAGAAAAUUUGCUCAGUAUAUUAACUACUAAAACUAACUUUUUACUUGCCUUCCCCACUUUUUUUUUCCACCAAACUCCUCUCAUGUAAAAUAUUAUGAAUACCGUUAAUAUUGAUGAAAAUUAUGAAAUUUGUUUUUUAGAAUGUAAGAAUAAAAUGGUUAUUAAGAUGAUUCACUAGGUAUAGAAAAAAAAUAGCAGACAUACAGGGAUGAGCUCUGUUCCAAACCGGUUAGAACCAAAACCGAAGGAGCCCAAAGCAAGAACCGAUGCUAUUGCGAAUUAAAGGGUGUCCGUGGACACCCUCGAGCUUGUAAAGUUUUUCAUUGUUUAUAUAAGAAAAUCAAGAUAGACCCAUAUUAACAAUCUAGGUGGACACUAGUGAUCACAAAACAAACAAUUAAAGAUUGUUUUGUAUUUUUU